AUUCCUCUUUAGUAGGCGGUAACUGGUUACGAUUUUUUAGCACUUAGAGCAGGUUUGGAGCAGUACUAUCGGUUUGUUCUCAGUUGAUAAUAAUUUGGCAUUUUAAACCAGUAUGUUGACUAUCUGUAGACAUAUAUUUCUAAAACCUGCAUUCGCAAGUGUUGUAUCCUCACCUUCAGGAUUAUCUUGUCUAAAAACGUACAGCACUAAUGAAAAUGACUAUUUGCAUAAGAGUAUUGUUCCAACCAUGCAUUACCAAAAAAGCCUGCCCAGGUUGCCCAUCCCCAAAUUAGAAGACACCAUUAGACGAUACCUUGCUGCACAAAGGCCCCUACUAGAUGAUGACCAGUACAGGAAAACAGAACAGCUGGCGCAAAGCUUUGAAAAAGGAAUAGCAUUGCAGCUGCAUGAAGAACUAGUUGCUGAGAACAAAAGGAACAAACAUACCAGCUACAUCUCAGGUCCAUGGUUUGACAUGUAUCUUGCUGCACGGGAUUCUGUAGUGCUGAAUUACAAUCCCUUUAUGUCAUUUAAUCCACAUCCAAAAACAGAAUAUAAUGACCCACUCAUACGAGCUACUAACAUGGUUGUCUCUGCCAUGCGCUUUAUGAAGACUCUUCGGGCUGGCUAUUUGGAACCUGAAGUUUUUCACCUUAAUCCAGAAAAGAGUGAUACAAAGAAAUUUAAGAAACUUAUUCGUUUUGUGCCUUCAUCAUUUUCCUGGUUUGGUGCAUAUAUGGUCAAUGCUUAUCCCCUUGAUAUGUCCCAGUACUUCAGACUUUUCAAUUCCACCCGUAUUCCUCGACCAAAUAAAGAUGAACUCUUUACAGAUGAGAGAGCAAGACAUUUGCUAGUAAUGAGAAAUGGACAUUUUUUUGCGUUUGAUGUUAUUGAUAAAGAUGGAAAUAUAGUAAAUCCUUCAGAAAUCCAAGCACACUUGAAGUACAUUUUGUCAGAUAAUAGGCCUCCUGCUGACUUCCCUCUUGGUUAUCUCAGUAGUGAAAACCGUAAUACAUGGGCAUUACUUAGGCAGAAGCUUCUGGAAAAUGGAAAUGAAGAAACCUUGAAGAAAGUGGACUCUGCUGUGUUUUGCUUGUGUCUGGAUGACUGCCUUGUGAAAGAUUACACUGAUUUGACUCACACUAUGCUGCAUGGAAAUGGUUACAAUCGCUGGUAUGAUAAGUCAUUUAGCAUUAUAAUGACCAGAGAUGGCACUGCAGCUGUUAAUUUUGAGCAUUCUUGGGGUGAUGGUGUUGCAGUACUACGCUUUCAAAAUGAAGUGUAUAAAGAUCAUGUAGAGAGGCCUGCUGUUUCCCCAGAAGCUAGACCUGUUGCUGUUGACUCCUGUCAGGCUGUGCAUAGACUUGAGUUUAAACUCGAUGAUUCUUUGAAAGCUGGCAUUAUCCAAGCUAAACAGAAAUUUGAUGCUACUAUGAAAACGCUGACAGUUAAUAAUGUUCAGUUUCAGAGGGGUGGUAAGGAGUUCCUUAAGAAGCACAAAGUUAGUCCUGAUGCUGUUGCACAGCUCGCCUUUCAGAUGGCGUUCUUUAUGCAGUAUGGCCAAACUGUAGCCACUUACGAAUCCUGCAGCACUGCAGCAUUUAAGCAUGGCCGUACAGAGACCAUCCGACCUGCUUCUAUCUACACAAAAAAAUUCUGUGAAGCCAUUGUUAAACAGCCAUCUAAGCAUAAUGCAUCUGACCUUCGAACAAUGAUUGCUGAUUGUUCCAAGUACCAUAGCCAAUUGACCAAAGAGGCUGCUAUGGGUCAGGGAUUUGAUCGUCAUUUAUUUGCCAUGCGUUGCCUUGCAGCUACUAAGGGAAGUUCCUUACCGGACUUUUAUCAGGAUCCAGCUUAUAAGCAAAUCAAUCAUAAUAUUCUUUCCACAAGCACCUUGACCAGCCCUGCAGUUCAGCUAGGAGGCUUUGCCCCUGUAGUUCCUGAUGGAUUUGGUAUUGCAUAUGGGGUCCAUGAUCAUUGGAUGGGCUGUAACGUGUCAGGCUAUCCAGUUAGAAAUGUUAAAGAAUUUUUAGAUUGUAUCCAUCAAUCACUAGAUCAAAUAUUUGAUGUUCUUGAAGGCAAGCCUGUGCAAAGCUAGCCAGCAUAUUGAAUGGGAUUUUAAUUAUAAAAUCUGACCUGAAUUAUUAUCUUUUGUUUGAGUGCAACAGGAAGAACAAUACCAAACAGUAAACUGCAACAAUUUCUUUUUACACAAAGUGUAAAUCCCUGUUCAACACAAAAGUAAAAUGCCCUUUUCCCAUAAAAUUAUAUUGAACUCUUAUAAGCUUAAAGCACUGGCAAGAUUUACAUAGCUGUGAAAAAAUGGAGAAAAUAAAAUUUAACUUUAGUUCUCUUUUUACUUUA